CGGGGGCUGCGGGCGGCCGCGGGGAAACUGAGGCAGCGGCUCCGCCUGGACGUGGGGCGGCACAUCUGCCGCCAGUACCCGCUCUUCUGCUUCCUCAUGCUCUGCCUCAGCGCCGCCUCCCUCCUCCUCAACAGAUAUCUUCAUAUUUUAAUGAUCUUCUGGUCAUUUGUGGCGGGAGUCGUUACGUUCUACUGUUCCUUAGGUCCUGAUUCGCUCUUGCCAAAUAUUCUUUUCACCAUAAAAUACAAGCCCAAGCAGGUAGAACUCCAGGAAUUAUUUCCCCAAGGUCACAGCUGUGCCGUAUGUGGUAAAGUGAAAUGUAAAAGGCAUAGGCCCGCAUUGCUGCUCGAAAACUACCAGCCGUGGCUUGACCUAAAGGUAUCUUCCAAGGUGGAUGCGUCGCUCUCAGAGGUGCUUGAAUUAGUGUUGGAAAACUUUGCUUAUCCUUGGUACAGAGAUGUAACUGAUGACGAAGCUGUUGUUGAUGAACUGAGAGUAACGUUACGAUUUUUUGCAUCAGUUUUAGUUCGCAGAAUUCACAAGGUGGACAUUCCGGCCAUUAUCAUUAAGAAACUGUUAAAAGCAGCCAUGAAGCACAUAGAAGUGAUUGCCAAAGCAAGACAGAAAGUAAAAAAUUCAGAAUUUUUGCAGCAAGCUGCUUUAGAAGAAUAUGGUCCAGAGCUUCAUGUGGCUUUAAGAAGUCGAAGAGAUGAGUUACACUAUUUAAGGAAACUCACUGAGCUUCUCUUCCCUUACAUUUUGCCCCCCAAAGCCACAGACUGCAGAUCGCUGACUUUACUUAUAAGAGAAAUCCUAUCUGGUUCUGUUUUUCUUCCUUCUUUGGACUUCCUAGCUGAUCCAGACACUGUGAAUCAUUUGCUUAUCAUCUUCAUAGAUGAUAGUCCACCCGAGAAAGCAACCGAGCCUGCUUCUCCUCUGGUUCCAUUCUUACAGAAAUUUGCAGAACCUAGAAACAAAAAGCCAUCUGUGCUCAAGUUGGAAUUGAAGGAGAUCAGAAAGCAGCAGGAUCUUUUGUUUCGUUUCAUGAACUUCCUAAAGCAAGAAGGAGCAGUACACGUGUUACAGUUUUGUCUGACUGUCGAGGAAUUCAACGACAGAAUAUUACGGCCGGAAUUGUCAGAUGACGAAAUGAUGUCUCUCCAUGAAGAGGUGCAGAAAAUCUAUGAAACCUAUUGUUUGGAUGAAAGUGUGGACAAAAUUAGAUUUGACCCUUUCAUUGUGGAAGAAAUUCAGAGAAUUGCUAAAGGUCCAUAUAUAGAUGUGGUGAAACUCCAAACCAUGCGGUGCCUUUUUGAAGCUUAUGAACAUGUCCUUUCUCUCCUGGAGAAUGUCUUUACUCCAAUGUUCUGUCACAGCGAUGAGUAUUUCAGACAACUCUUAAGAGGAGCAGAAUCCCCAACUAGGAAUUCCAAGUUGAACAGAGGUAGCCUAAGUUUGGAUGACUUCCGGAGCACCCAGAAGAGAGGAGAAUCCUUUGGGAUCAGCAGGAUAGGGAGCAAAAUCAAAGGCGUGUUCAAAAGCACCACCAUGGAGGGGGCUAUGCUGCCCAACUACGGGGUGACCGAAGGCGAGGAUGACUUUAUCGAGGAGGGAAUCGUCGUCAUGGAAGAUGACUCUCCAGUGGAAGCAGUCAGCACGCCCAACACUCCCCGGAACCUGGCCGCCUGGAAAAUCAGCAUCCCGUACGUGGACUUCUUUGAUGACCCGUCUUCGGAAAGGAAAGAGAAGAAAGAGCGAAUCCCCGUGUUUUGCAUCGAUGUGGAAAGGAAUGACAGGAGAGCAGUUGGCCAUGAGCCUGAGCACUGGUCUGUCUAUCGAAGAUACCUUGAGUUCUAUGUCCUCGAGUCAAAGCUAACGGAGUUUCAUGGUACAUUUCCGGAUGCUCAACUUCCUUCCAAGAGGAUCAUCGGUCCCAAGAACUACGAGUUCCUAAAGUCAAAGAGGGAGGAGUUUCAGGAAUACUUACAGAAACUUCUGCAGCACCCAGAACUGAGUAACAGCCAACUUUUGGCGGACUUCCUCUCCCCCAAUGGUGGAGAGACACAGUUUCUCGACAAAAUCCUCCCCGACGUGAAUCUAGGGAAAAUUAUAAAAUCGGUUCCAGGAAAACUAAUGAAAGAAAAAGGUCAGCAUUUGGAGCCUUUCAUCAUGAAUUUCAUCAACUCUUGUGAAUCGCCAAAGCCUAAACCGAGCCGGCCAGAGCUGACCAUCCUGAGUCCCACAUCGGAGAACAACAAGAAGCUCUUCAAUGAUCUGUUCAAGAAUAACGCAAACCGGGCUGAAAAUUCAGAGAGAAGACAAAAUCAAAAUUAUUUUAUGGAGGUGAUGACCGUAGAGGGAGUCUAUGAUUACCUGAUGUAUGUUGGUCGGGUGGUGUUCCGAGUUCCUGACUGGCUGCAUCACCUCCUGAUGGGCCUCCGGAUCCUCUUCAGAAACACCUUGGAGAUGUACAGCGGUUACUAUCUGCAGUGCAAACUAGAGCAACUCUUCCAGGAGCACCGCCUGGUCUCGCUGAUAACCCUACUGCGAGAUGCCGUGUUCUGCGAAAACACAGAGCCUCGCUCGCCCCAAGAUAAACAGAAACGAGCCAAGCAGACCUUUGAAGAAAUGAUGAGCUACAUUCCAGAUUUGAUAGGCAAAUGCAUUGGUGACGAAGCCAAGUAUGAAGGCAUUCGGCUUCUUUUUGAUGGUCUCCAGCAACCAGUACUCAACAAACAGCUGACGUACGUUCUUUUGGAUAUCGUGAUCGAGGAGCUGUUCCCAGAGCUCAACAAGGCACCAAAAGAAGUUACAUCUGUAUCACCCUGGAUGUAGAAGCGGAAACCCAGAUAAACAGGCAGGUGCAGCCUGGUGGUGCGCUAUUGCGAUAUCUCUUAAUGUCCUGUUGUACAUUUUUGUAAAUAUCCUGACACUGACGGUCUGAAAGUUUGGUUAAUUCGGUUUUAAUAAAGGCUAAUGCCAACUGAAAGAUGAUAUAAAUUGA